GCAUCCUGUCAUGCAGUUCCAGGAGGUCGGCCAGCACUGGAGCUGACACUGUCAGCGAGCCCAGCCUCCACUACACUACAACAGCCCAUCUCUACCAGACCUUCACCUUCCACUGCCCUCCUCUCUCUCCAGCCACUAAUCCCACCCCAGGGAAAGACUGUUCUCCAGACUCCUUGGCUGCUCGCUCCCAUCCCAGAGACUGUCCUGCGCUCCGUGCCUUUCUUAAAAUAAGAGAGAACCCAGGCCUGCAUCAGGGUCCUAGUACAAGCCAGUCCUCCUGGCUAUUUAGACUGUCUAUCCAGCCACCACUCUGUGACAGUAGUCCUGUAUCCUGCAUCCUGGGCACCUCAGCCUCCUUUUAUAUCACCACUGGCCAAGCACAGGCGCAAAGUGAGGGCAACUGUCCAGCCAGACGAACCCAGGAUCUACCAUCAUCAUGUCCAGUCGACGGAAGGCCUCCACUCCCUGUAUGAUCCGAGCCGACCAGACCAUGGUGGAGCUGGAUGAUGAGGCAGAGGAAUCACACGACAUGGAGACAACAGCGGAAAACCAUACUGAGGAGGCACCUAUGGAAACAGAUCCCUCAACAGAGGCAGAGCCUUCCGUGGAGUUAAACCCUCCCACGGCUCCUGACAAACCAGCAACCGAGCCACCAGACCCUUCCAAGCCUCAGCGUCGGCAGCAGGGGGGCUACGAAUGUAAAUACUGCCCCUUCUCCACACAGAACCUCAACACUUUCAAAGAACACGUCGACGCCAACCACCCUAACGUCAUCCUCAACCCCCUGUACCUGUGUGCCGUCUGUAACUUCAACACAAAGAAGUUCGAUACCCUGACGGAACAUAAUGAGAGGUGUCACCCAGGGGAGAGCAACUUCAAAUUCAAACGCAUCAAAAUGAACAAUCAGACAAUCUUAGAACAGACAAUAGAGGGGUUCAGUAACAGUGCGGUCAUUUACAACACUUCCAGUGCCAUUUCUGGCAAAAGUGACGAACUAGGCACUGUUCCCCUCAGCAAACCCACCACAGUCAAGAUCGGUAAACCAAAAAUAAUGUCGUCGGAUAAUAAACGGACAGAGUCUCAGUUGGGCAAACUGACCCCAGAUCUGGGCAAGAAACCAAUCACAGCGCUCAACGUAAACGGGACAGUCAUUAUCCCUGAGUCGACUCUACUCAAAGCAGACGGCCUUUCUCACAUCAUGCCUUCCCUACAGCGGCCUCUAAACUACACCCAGGUGCCGAAGAUCGCAGUGCCCCUCAACACAACCAAAUACAACCCUUCGCUGGACGACAACCUGACACUCAUCUCAUCCUUCAACAAGUUCCCCUACCCGACACAGGCUGAGCUCUCCUGGCUCACCGCAGCCUCAAAACAUCCAGAGGAGCAAAUCAAAGUCUGGUUCACCACACAGAGGCUCAAACAGGGCAUUAGCUGGUCUCCUGAGGAGGUGGAAGAAGCCAGGAAGAAAAUGUUCAAUGGUACAAUCUCCUCCGUGCCUCAGACCUUCACCGUCGUAACUCCUCACCUCAACUCCCAAUCAUUCACCAACCCGUCAAACCAAGCCUCCAAAUCCAUGCAGCCGGGAGCCUCUGUCCUGCAGUCCCUCCCCUGUCAGCUCCUGGGACAGACCAGCCUGGUGCUGACUCCUGUAGCCAACGGCUCCACCGUCACUUGUGCACCGCUGGCACUCACCGUGGCUAACCAGGUGGCACAGUCGCUCAAACGACCCCUGGCCUCCCCUGCGAUCACCACAGAGAGUAAACGACCCUCCAUCAUUCAAACCAUCUCGGCGCCCAUGGUCACAUCCAAGCUGGUGUCGCCCAAAGUGCUGAGUUUCACUGUUGACCCCAAUAAAACAGCGGAGCAGCUAUCAGUACUGAGGUCUAGCUACACACAGUGUCCUUUCCCUGAGGAAGAUGAGAUCUACAGGCUGAUAGAGACCACAGGGCUGUCCAGAGGAGAGAUAAAGAAGUGGUUCAGUGAACAGAGGCUUCUUAAUCUCAAAGGCGUUCCACCACCUCCAGUGUUGGUGAAAGCAGAAGUGACGCCAACACCCAAAGAUGGGCCUGUAAAGAAAGCGGUCCCCAGCCAGUUUCCCCUGCUGGAGAGGGUGAAGGGGAAAUCAUCAGAGCAGCUGAAGGCGCUGGAGGAGAGUUUCCAGAGAAGCAGCUCUCCAACAGAGGCAGAUCUUGACCAGCUGGCCCAGGAGACCAGGCUGUCCAAGACGGAGGUGGACUGCUGGUUUUCAGAGCGCAGGGGGCUGAGGGACAACAUGGAGAAGGCUUUGCUCACCAUGGCUUCAAAGAACACAGAGGACAGAGUAGAGCGGCCGGGGGCGCUGCUGAACGGGGCAUCUCAUCACCGGGAGCAGGGCGGGAAAUCUCUUCGCUCCUCUCCUCACCCCCCUGUCCUCUCCUCUUCCUCCUCCUCAUCCUCCCCUCCUGUCCUUGCAGCCUCCUCCCCUCAUCCACCAACCCUCUCCUCCUCUGCAUCACCUCCCAUCCUCACUUCAUCAUCCUCCUCUUCUCCCCACCCUCCCAUCCUGUCAGCCUCCACGAGCCCGGCUCCCAUCUCCAGCCGCUCCCUCGCCCUGCUCAGAGAGAUGUUCUGUCGGACUCAGUGGCCAUCUCCUGAGGAGUACAGCCAGCUGGAGGUCCAAACAAGCCUUGGACGUACAGACAUUGUCCGCUGGUUCAAGGACCACCGCUCAGCACUGAAGAAUGGUGAAACUCUGGACUGGAUGGAAAGUUUCCAAAACCCAAACCUUGUAGAGCAGCAGAAAGCAGGCCAGGAACAGAACGGCCAGAGUUCUGAAAAAAACCAGAGUGUUUCCUUGGAAGUCAAGACUAUGAAAGCCGUUGGUGCAGUGGAGGAGGCUGGUGAGAACACAGCAGCUGCAGAGCACUCCAAGCUGUCCGACCAAGACAAAGUCCAGUGGUUGACUGACAGAUUAGCCCACAGUGUGUCGGACCUGAGCCGGACCAGACCGGACCAGACCAGCUCUAGCGCUGCUGACAAAGGGAGGUGGGUAAAGGUGACUGUGGCAGUGGGGGAGGAGAGUGAAGGAGGAGAGGAAAGACAGAGGUUGGCAACAGACACCGACGUUCUGACCUUGGAGCAACCUGGGAGGGUCACUGGUUGAUGGUCGAGUAAAUCAUUGACUGCUGAGUCACCGACCACCAUGCAACGACUCAAGAUGACCAAACGUGGAACCAGUGAUGUAACUGUCUGCCUGUGAUGUCAUCACAAAGCGCCAGAGACUUUGGAGUUCCACAGUUGAAGCACUGAUGUGUGAUGCAGAUGCUGACAUUAAGAGGAGUGCCAAAGCUGGACUUGAUGCAUUGUUCUUACUACUACACUUUUUUUUUUUUUUAAA